UUAUAUUUUAAAUAAUUAUUAUUAUCGAAUAUUACAGAAUUGCUUUAAAAAAAAGUUGUCACAAUGAAAAGUGUAGUUUAUUUGUAAAAGGUAAUUUAACUAUAUAAUGAGAAAAUUUCUCGCUUCCCGGGUGUAAAAUAGUAAAUCGCCUCCGUCAAUGUGUGAAUCCACCGAAGCCGAACUUCGAAGCUUUCGCCGGUCAGGAACGUCGCCAGAGAAUGAGUCGCCGGUCGGAAUACUCGCGCCUCUGCUGUUUGAUCGACGAGUCUCUUCGUCCGUACACCGAGCAAGUAAUGGUUUCGUUAAGCAAAGAAACCGGGAAAGACCUGUUAAUCAGUCUCUCACAGGUCUUGAGGCAAAUUCAAGUGUGGACGCAUGAAUUUGAUUGUGAUUCGGACAAUGACAUGGUGGUUAAAGCACCUGCUACUAGUAGCAUAUGUUCAGGUGACUCGAAGCCGCAUUCUGAAGAUCACGAUUGUUUAACCAAGAUUGUAGCUAAUUUGAUAUUUUUCCUAGCAGUUGAUAGUCGAUAUGUUCAACAUUUGGCAGGCAACAUUCUUGUGGUCAUUUCUGAGUUCGUUGUUGCAUUUGGGGGCAAUUGGAAUAAAUUUAUAGAUUUGUUGUGUGUAUGCUUGGAAUUGGCAAUUUGUAGCACGCUUUCUUCUUCUAUGGAGUCUCCAACAACUAAAGCCAAAUAUUCAGAUUCUGAUUCAUCAAAUUUCCUUGUAGCCUUAAAACCAAAAUUGAGAAAUUCAAAUUGGUCUUCAGUGGCCGGUAUUAUUCGAGUUUUACGCAAUAUAUUGAAACAUUUGAAGCAGGAAUUUGAUGAUCAACUUUUUGAAGUUUACAUGAAAUCAAUCAGUUCAUGUAUUUCAAAUGUGCCUUGGGAUAUGUUUAACGAGCUCCAUGUUUGGGAUGGUGAGGCUCUGAGAAGCUCCAGUUGGGAUGUUCUGCUUCACCCUAAUGUUGGGCAACAGGAGUCAAGAAUUGUUUUUUAUGGAAAUCUUGUUCAGUUUUUCUGUUCUUUGGUUGAGCAAAAAGACUUGGUGGAAACUACAGAUGGUUUUUUUGAUAGGCAUCCAGUUAUAUUUGAAAUCAGUAUCCUCGUCCCAAAACUUUUAGCCUGGUGCCUCGACAAAGACUUAAGUAACUUGUGCAUCUCUCAAUACUUCAGACACAAGAUGUUGAUGCUAAUCAUCAGGCUUAGUUUCCAAAUUCAUUUGGAAGGUUCUAUUCUUCUUUCAUGGUUGCAACUUAUCCACAAGUACUUUCAAGAUCUUUUAUUGCAACCUAUAACUCAGCUGGAAUCUGCUGAGGAUGACUGCCUAGAAGGUUCUCCAUUUUUGGUGAAUUUCUCUGAUGUAGAAAUAAACAGUAGGACAUCUCGCCAUCUGCAAGGACAAGCUGUUUUCCUUUUCCUGAGAUGCUCCUUUAGUUUGGUCAGCCUGAGAGGAAGAAGUGAUGAACAAUGUUCCUGUGCAAAUCCGAACUCUUGCUUGACGUUUGACCUAAAUUCAGACCUCGAAUGUUGCAGUAGAAAGAAAGGUCUGCUAGAGCUUUACGAGUGGCUUCAAGUGCAUCUUCCUGUUGAUAUGUUUGUUGGCCAUGAAUUGUACCUUGAAAGAUGCAAAAGUUUCUCCUUGUCCUUCCUUCGGCUAUACAUGCAUGAGGAUGAUAUCCUAUUUGAAGUGCUUUUGCAACUACUUUGCAUCCCUGAUUGUGUCGAGCGACAGGUUUGCCAAGAAAAAGGAGCUUUUCAGGAGGUGAAGGAUGAUAUACUUUUUCAUGUUUCAAACCUUUUCAAUCCCAUACGCUUAUUCCAUCUAUUUCUUGCCGAGUUACUUUACGAUCAUCAAGUGCUUCUUGAUUACCUCAUCUCAAAAGAUAUGGGAGCCAGUUCUGCUGAAUAUCUUUUGAGGUGCUUGCGUAUAGUAUGUAAUUCCUGGGAAGUAUUUGUGGAAUUUUCGGUUGGUGGUAAAGUGGUAAAUGAAUCAGCUUGCAAGAAAAGAAAACUUCUCAUUGAUGGUUCAGAUUUUAAGGGAGAGCUACCACCUGCAUCUCUGAAAGACGAUGAGGUUUCUCUGUCACUUGAAAGGGAAUGCCAGGGAGACCAUACAUAUGGCAGAGAUUGCUGUAGAAGUGGUGGACUAUCUUUUGAGAAAGCCAAGGAGUGUCUACUUUCUCUGAAAAAAUCUAUUGAGAGUCUUCAUCAGAAGAACUUGUUUCCAUAUAAUCCAGAAGUUCUUCUGCGACGUUUAGCGAGAUUCCAGGAGCUUUGCGUGAAGAGUAGAAAAUAUUGAUCUUUAGAGAUCGGAGAAGUUACUUAGGACCCUGAGCCCCAUCGUUUGUUUCCAAACAUUGGUUUCUUUUCUCGAUUGUCCCCAGAUCAAUUUUCAUGUCGCCAGGAAUCCAUGAGACACAGUGCCCUCUUUGAAGUAAAUUGGUAAAUUUCAGAUUCUGGUGGCCUGAAAGGCCUAAUCGUAGUAGAGAUUUCACAUGAGAAGGUUAGAAUGGGAUGAUAAUGGUUGUUGGGGGCAAUGAGGCACACAAAUGGAAGUGUUAUAUUUCAUGAUUAAAGCAAUUGGCAACAGUAUCACCCGCGAGACUCAUGGCUACCUUGACAUUCGGAUGGUGAGCCUUGAUGGAAGAAAUUUGAGAAGCGGUGAGGUUUUCUAAGUCCCAGGGGGGGCGGGGGGAAUCAAGUGGAAAUCGACAUUGGUAAUGACUUUUGAGCCAAGUUAACAGAAUGGUGCAAGUGUGGAAGGCUAAGCUCCAAAGUUAACCAAAAAGGGGGCCAUUUCCUGAUAGUUCAUUGAGAUCUUAAGGAGCAUGUUGUUGGUAUAAGGUGGCAAAGCUACAAAGAUCAACAUGUCACAAGGUCAGGGUUCUGGACCUGACUGCCACUGGAUUCCACUCAAAGCUACUGGAAGAAGUCCCUUCUACGCUAAUACUUGGCACUGUUGCUGAAGUUGUGGAUUCUCUUCUACCGGAUGAUUGGGUGAUUUUUGUGCGCCCCACCAUGGAUAGGGGUCUUUGUUGCUAUGGAGAGGUUCCUUAUGAUAAUUUUUUUGCUGUUUAUGUCAUCGCUAUUAUGCUUGGUCCCAAGACAGCAAACCUCAAAGAGGCUUCGCUGCUUGGCCAUGGUUUUUUGAGGCUGCAGCUCGUCCUUAUGGGAGGUAAUGCUGGUUAGGUUGGUGCCUCACAUAUAUUUUUAUUGUCUUCAACAAUCAUGUAAAGUAUAGUGAAGGAUUCAGGUUUGUAACUACAUGAUGAUCUUAUAUUAUUGUCACAUAUAAUAAGGUCAAAUUUAUUAUCUGUUCUGUUUAUUGUCCUAUUGUUUUUGAUGAUGCAAGAUUAUAUCUUCAAGACAAAUAGAAGGUGCCAGUAUGCUAUCAUGCUGGGGUCAAAUUUAUAAGUAUAUGCUAUUUUAUUAUCAUCACAUAUAAUAAGGUCAAAUCCAUUAGCUGUACUGUUUAUUGUCCUAAGCUCCCUCUCCCAAUAAAUUAGAAAGUAUUUCUCUAAGGUUUUGUUCCAUAAUCUUGAAAAUUUGCUGAAAUACUUGUUUUAGAAUGUUGAAAUUGUAAAGGUGGAAUUUAUUAUUUUAUUUUAUUUUAAUAUAUUUUUAAUGAUAAUUUCUAAAAUCACUUUUCACUUGGUGUGUUCUGAUGAUCUAAAAUUACACCACAUUUUAAAAAGUCUCAAUGAUGAAUAAUAUUUCAAUAUCUAACACCCCUAAUAAAAAAUGCUAAAUUUUACUCCUUAAUUUGUAUAUCAGAUGAGAACAGUAAAAGAAUAUGUUAUAUAAAAUGAGUUAAUAAGAUGGUGAAAUUACCGUUAUACUUCUCAGCUAUUAAGCACAGAAUAAAAUGAAUUCUGAACAAAGGAUAUCAAGAGCAAGGAGA